CUCGCCUCGCGUUCGAGAGUGCAAAAAGUCUUUUCUUUCAAACGGUGCUCCCAAAAACGAUAAUAAAUCAUGGGUAACGCCGAGAGCAAUGUGACAAGCGGCGUGAAAAAACAGACGGACACCUCGUCUAUUAUGCUUUACAAAUUAGUCGACCUGAAAGGUGGCGGCUUGUUGGUAGACAUGAUGAAGAGAGCCACGCAAACCAAGCAAUUCGCGGAGCUGGAUCACGCGAUAAGAACGAAAGUCGAACCUUAUCUCUACAACAAGGGAGAGGGUAAAUGGAUACCCAUAGAAAAAAUGGUUCUCUUGAGGAAUAAGGAACGUCCGCGGCACAAGAUGUUGGCACCCUUGAGAGCUAUGGAAAAUCCUGCGGAUUACGAUAUAGACAAAGAUAUAGGCGACGAGGACGUUGAUGAAAACAAAAUAGACAAGAGCAAAUAUCGGUUGGUGUGCUGGAGUUUGAGCGAGAGAGGCGCAGUCGGCGAAACGAUCCUGCACUUGUGCAUGUUAAACGCAACCGCCAUUCACGCCGACUUGGCAAAACGACUGUUGCGUUUCUAUCCAAAGCUCAUAAACGAUAUUUACAUAUGCGACGAGUAUUACGGAGAAAACGUGCUGCACAUUGCUAUCGUAAACGAGGAUCCGUCGAUGGUGAAAUUUCUUCUCGACAGCGGCGCGGACGAUCCGCGCGUUAUUCACGAGAGAUGCGUCGGCAAUUUCAUGUGUCCGGAAGAUCAAAAGGCGUCGAGGAACGACAGUCUGGACCACGAGUGGGUGUGUGUUACGCAAGAAACCAAUUACAGCGGUUACGUAUAUUGGGGUGAGUAUCCGUUGAGCUUCGCCGCGUGUCUCGGUCAGGAGGAGUGCUACAGGAUUAUACUAGCCAGAAACGCGGAUCCUGACAAGCAGGACACGAACGGAAACACCGUUUUGCACAUGCUUGUGAUACAGGACAAACUGGCCACGUUUGACAUGGCUUACGAGAUCGGAUCUUCUCUUUCCAUAAGAAACGCGCAACAUCUGACGCCGCUGACUCUGGCAGCUAAGUUGGCCAAUGUCGAACUGUUCUUUCACAUUUUGAACAUCGAGAGAGAGAUAUACUGGCAAAUCGGUAGCAUAACUUGCGCGGCCUAUCCCUUGUCGCAGAUAGACACGAUCGACGUUACCACAGGAACGAUCAACAAUAACUCCGCUCUGAACUUGGUUGUUUUCGGCGAAAAGGAUGAACAUUUGGAGCUGAUGGACGGCACAUUGGUCGAUCUUCUGAACGCCAAAUGGAAUACCUUUGUCAAAUCCCGAUUUUACCGUCAGUUCUUCCUCUUCUGCUUCUACUUCGUGCUAUCGCUGAUAAGUUUCACUCUUCGUCCCGGCCCGUCGGCCUCGCAAACGGCCGAAAGCACAAACGAGACGUUAACGAGAACGAACUCCUCGAACGUGACGACAACGGAUUCCGCGAUUCUCAGGCUGUUCCAAGGCACGGAUCUCUCGGAAUUGAUUACGAACAGCUUCGCAACGGCUUUCACUUCCAACUUCAAAUCAUCCCUGAACGUGACGCAAGAAUCGCUGGAGCAGAUUCAGCUGCAAGUGACGUCGAACAUUACGUCGGCGCUCAAGAGCAUGCUGCUUUUAACGCUGAGCAACAACAAUGAGGACAUGCUGAGUCCGCUGGACGAGACAACCAUUCACAAGCUGUGGUACACAGACAGUCCGCAAGACGCGUCGUCCGAUUAUUUCGCGGAAGCGUAUAACGAAAGUGUCACGAGCGAGGAUUCCACCGCGAAGGCGGUGAUCAUUAACAACAUCGCGCUGCCAAAACUCAACAAUCGCGACAGCUGGUGGGGCAAUAUUACGGGAGAAUGCCGACUGAUGCAACUGACGACGAUGACCACGAAGAUUCGUGUGACCGCUGAGAUUCUGAUGUACUUCGCAGCGCUGCUUUACAUCGUCGCUGCGUUGCGCGAGGCGAUGUUUUUGGGUCUCAACAUGUUCAUUGAAAAUCUAAUGACGGCGCCGUCGCGCGUGAUGUUCCUCUUCUCGUGCUGCAUUUUGACGUCGUUUCCGUUUCUGAGACUCGCCUGCGUUGACGAGAUCGAGGACAUGCUGGCCGUCGUGGUGAUGCUUACGACGGCGCCGUACUUUUUGUUCUUCUGCAGAGGCUUCAAAACGGUCGGGCCGUUCGUCGUAAUGAUCUACAGAAUGAUCAUGGGCGAUCUUCUCAGAUUUGUUUCCAUCUAUCUCGUUUUCGUGAUGGGAUUUUCUCAAGCUUAUUACAUCAUAUUUUUAUCGUUCGAUAAUCCGAACACUCCGGAAGGCGUUGACGAUUCGGUGACGAAUCCGAUGCCUUCGCCGAUGGAGAGCAUUAUGGCGAUGUUUCUGAUGAGCAUGACGAACUUCGGCGAUUACUUUGGCGCGUUCGAAAGAACCGAUCACGAAUUCGAAGCUAAGCUGCUGUUCGUGUUAUACAUGGCGAUUGUGGCGAUUUUGCUCGUGAACAUGUUAAUUGCCAUGAUGGGUAACACUUACCAGAAGAUCGCUGAAAGAAAAAAUGAGUGGCAAAGACAAUGGGCGCGCAUAGUUCUGGUCGUGGAGAGAGGCGUAAGUCCCGAGGAAAGACUGAAGAAACUGAUGGAUUAUUCUCAGCCCAUGUCCGACGGUCGUAGAGCUCUAGUUCUUCGAUUGAAUCAAAACGAAAAAGACAAGGAGGAAAUGAAGGAAAUACUCGAGAUGAAAAGAAUUCACGACAAACUGGUGACGAAAAGACUGAACAGGCUGGCAAAGGAGAAAGAUAUAUCCGACGCGGAACCCAUUAUUACUAGAAAAUAAUGAAAAAAAAAAUUUUUUUAAUUUAUAUUCUCG